ACCAACUCUGAUCGCUUAUCGAAAGGAUCAGCCAAGCGCCCAUAAAACCAGUCAAACAAUUACCGUGGUGUUGAAAAAGUCCUAGGAUGAAGCGCAAGCGGUCGCCGGAGCUGGCCUCGGUCGAAAGCCGCAAGAAAGCAUCGCAGCACUCGCUAAAUGAUGUGUCAAUAUCAUGCCUAUUUGUCCGGAUCCUCCAACAGUACGAAUUACUCGCAUCAGUCGCGUCUAGUCUAUUUCCAGAGGACCUCCUAGCUCUAGCGCUAUCUUCGAAGGCUAUCUAUCAUGCGAUCUUUCCACGACCAUGCAGUCUAGAGAACCUGCUAGGGAAGCUAAGCUGCCCAGGCAAAGGUAUUCAGAUUCGGCAAAAGCACCAUAAGAAAUCUAGUUUCUUCUACGCCUACGAUUGCAACGAGUACGUCCAGUGCGGCGCAACAAGCGGUCGAAUAGAAUCACGUCCGUGCCUCAAUUGCAAGGUUACCACUUGCGAUGAGUGUCGCGUCCAUUGCGUGUAUCAAAGUCACUACGAAAAGCCCAGUGACCCCGAUGAGCUGCCCAAUUUCAGCGGCUUCGUCUUACUUUCCCCUCUCGAGGUACCUAUCAUGAGCCCACAACACUUGACGCUUGAUCACCAGCUCCCGGGGCCACUCUGGCAGAAUCCAGCAAACGGUCAAGGUGGCCCGUAUCAUGACCAAGGUUUCAUCGACGUUCCCUUCGACGAUGACACUUUUGGCCCACCAGAGUUCGUGGAAGAUAUCCUGAACUUGAAUCUCGGACAACAUUCAUUGGCUCUCUCCGUCUCUUCGAAUGUACCUGACCCGUCCCCGGUCCUCCAGGCCUUCUAUCAAGUCACUGAGCAGCGAAAGCGCUUUUUUUGCGACCUUUGCCUCCCACCCACUCUUCUGAAAUGUUCCGAAGGCAUCCAGCCUAAGCUAUGCCACUGUACUCUUAGAGGCAGGUUCCUCGAUCGUUGGUUGUGUCUGCGAUGUUAUGAGACGGAAGAAGCGGCCAUCUCGAAAACAUACUCCACACAUCGUGAUCACCAUGCUUGUGGACGCAGCUCAGAUCGCGUUGUCUGCCAGUGGUGCUGGGGAUUGGUGCUGGAACCAAAAGAUGAACCCGAGACUGCCGAGCUGGGCAGUGAUCCCAGCACUACAGAGAGCUCUUCGUAACUCUUAUUUGGUUUAUCAUUGUCGCCUAAGGAAAUGGGCGCGUGCUUUCAGUAAGCACCGUACUAAGGACCACUUAUAUCCUAUCUAGUGGGCUUUGUAAGAACACUUCAUGAGACGCACAAUCACUGGCGUUAUUGAGGAAGUCAUGUUCACAAAAGUAUUGGAGUAACUAUGGUGUUUAUACCCUGGGUCUUCUAGUCGGUUGCUCUCCUCUCCCUUCUUGUAUGAUAUUUUGUACGAUUUCUGUAUACGAAUUGUUAUGCUAUUCCGCUUUCGAAUCAAUGAGAAACAAAGAAUUGUGGCAUAGCACGGCAAUAAAAGUUUAUGA